UCAUUGCCAGGAGGAGGUGGAAAGGUGAGAAAACGCCCACCGCACCGAUGACCCCACAUAAAGUUGGAGUCAACUUUCAAAGAUCUCAAACUGAUAAGGAGGAUGGCUCACUCCUGCUCCUCUGCUGUCGAAGAGAUGAACAGUGAUUAUUCCUACUACGAGAUGGACAGUGAUGAUUCCCACAACCUUGAACUGGACAGUGAGGAUUCCUUCGACCUUGAACUGGACAGUGAGGAUUCCUUCGACCUUGAACUGGACAGCGAUUCCUAUGACCUUGAACUGGAUAGUGAGGACUCCUACGACUCUUUCUCCGAUCUCAGUAGUGAGGAUUCUGACGAAGAAUAUUGUCAUAAGCUAAAUCAGCUGACACCCAGCCGGACGAAGUUGCGCCAUCUGGAGUCGACUCCGAAGAUGCUCGAGAUAAUCACCUCACCUCCAAGAAAGAAGCCCCGUCGGCAACUUUUCUUUGACCCGCCGAAAACGAAUGAGAACUUGUCCUCAGCAACUCAGCGUCUGGCCAUCGGCAAGAGAAAAAGGAGCCUGUUACAGGAACAUAACAAUUUCCUGCGUGAGAUGAUGGCAUCUCAUGAGAAGCAGCAGGCCCAGCGUGAACGCCACUUCCAGUUGAUGAUGGAUCACACACGGAAAGCAAGGCAGCGAGAACUGGCCGCUGAUGCUGCUACUGCUGCCUUCCGCCAUGGCCUGCUGGCAGUGCUGGGCCAGAUUGCGCAGGCAAUCGCGGGCCGGAAUGCAGCUCAACCACCCCAGUAGUGACUGGACACACCACUGACAGAACUAGAUGCACAAUGCACUUGUAUAUUUACUGUACACCACAUAACCUUGUAUAUAGUGUGUACACUACAUGCACAAUGCUCUUGUAUUUACAUAUUACACAACAUACCCUUGAAUAUAGUUUGCACUGCAUUAUUUUUGUAUUUACUUUUUUACUGUCUGUUUUAA